CCUAUCUCCUGCCAAGACACUUAGAAAAUUACUGGGAGCUGCUUCGUGAUGGUGAAGGACAGUGGAAACUCUGGUGAUGCAUCAGAGACAUCACACAGGUGCGGCAUGUGCUGCCUCGGCCCUUUGACCUUUCACAAACGGGCAGUGGGAGAGAAGGUCCGCCUGAGCUGUGGGGAUCGACGCGCAGAGAGGAUCGAGGGCACCUUCAAAAACGGCCUGGUGUUCAGCAGCCGCACUGUGAAGGUCCAGGAGAAGAUUCGUCUGAGGGUGGAGAGAGAUUUGAUCUCGUGGCACGGGGCUCUCCGCGUGGGCCUCACAAACGUGCCUCCCUCAGACAGACCCCGGCCCCUGCCUAUCAUGGCCAUUCCCAACCUCACCGACCGCCCUGGCCACUGGGCUGCUCCUGUGCCUGAGUCUUACUGCCAGGCAGGCUCAGAGCUGGUGUUCUGGGUUUCGUGUGGCGGUAACAUGUAUUUCACAAGCAACAACAGCAGGCAGCACAAACUGCUAGCAGGAGUGGACCUGAGCCGGCCACUGUGGGCCAUGAUAGACAUCUAUGGACAGACGUGUUCUAUUUCACUCCUGGGCUCAGAGAAGAAGAAGAUGAUGUCCACUUACAGAUCCUGUCCUGCACCUGAAUUCCCCACCUCGCCUGUUGACAGCCGUUUGAUAUCUGACAAUUCCAGACUCUGCGAAAUUGAAUACAUCACCUGUCCUGAAACAGACGUCUCAACAGACGAACCGUGUGUGGUGUGCAUGGUAAGGGAGGCCGAAAUCACCCUGCCUUGUGGUCACCGGUGUUUGUGCUGGCUCUGCACCCCUCUGGUCCUCCAGGAGUUCGGCACCUGCCCGCUGUGUCGACAUGUGAUCUGAGCCUGAGGGGAGGGCGAGUUCGUCUCUGUGACAGCUCCAGGACACCAGCCAGACAAUGCGUCAUAAAGAAUAUCCUAUGAGUGGCACUUCCUGAAUGUGCCCGGCGGAUAAAGCUGACACUUAGAACAAAAGUUGUCCUUUGAACAAACCUUGUCAACACUUUAUUUCUAAAUAUGUGAAUAUUCUACUGAGAUAUAGAUGUGAAGAUACUGAUCAUGUACAAAAACCUAAAAUAUUGCAAAACUAUACUUUUGUUUGACUAUUUGAUUUUUGCACUGGGUCAGAUGUAUUAUGAAA